CCUGCUCUCCUCAGCGCGAGCUCGUGCGCCAAAAGCGCGAGCGCCGCAUUCGCGUGAGUGGAGAUGUCAGACUGAACGCGCGCACUCGCUCUGUCAAGAUGCAGUCUGGAAAGUCAUGGAUCCAGAUGACCUUUUGUAAGAGGGAGUGUGUGAGGUUUUUACCAGCAUCCAGGGACCACCACAGGUGUUUUCCUGUUUGUCAUGUUUGCCAAAACCUAGUCAGGUGCUGCUGUGGGAGGUUGAUCAGUGAGCAUUCAGAGCUUGACUUCAGUACUUGGCUUCCUCCAUCUGGGGAAGAAGAGGUGUGGUGUGUUGUUCAGCACACCAAAACCAGCCCCACUGAUGCAUUCGGCUCCAUUGACUUCCCGGGCAGAAACAAGUGUUCCUACCGUGCUAAGUAUCUGCGCCUGUCUUGCGAUGCUAAACCUGAAGAACUUCUCUGUUUAAUGCUGCAAGAGUGGAAAAUGGCUCAACCCAAACUGCUUAUAUCAGUGCAUGGAGGAACAGACAACUUUCCCUUACCUCCAAGAGUGGGACAGGUGUUCAGCAAGGGCCUCAUCAGAGCUGCCGAGACUGCAGGAGCCUGGAUUUUCACUGAUGGCUUCAAUACAGGAGUAUCAAUGUAUGUUGGCGACGCUGUAAAACUCUACAGUAUGCAUGAGCGCAGGAAGAGAUCUGUGAUUGGAAUCACACCGUGGGGGCUUAUUGAGAACCAUUCUGACCUCAUAGGACGAGACGUCCUGAGGCACUACCAGACUUUGGGGAAUCCACUGAGUAAGCGCUCUAGUCUUAAUGGCCUGCACUCACACUUCCUGUUAGUGGAUGAUGGAACUCUGGGUAAAUCUGGAGGGCAGCAGGAGCUGAGGAGAAAGUUGGAAAGGCAUAUCCAACGACAGAGGAUCCACCCCAGACUGGAUCAGAGAGUUCCCCUGGUGUGUGUGGUGGUUGAAGGGGGUCCCGCUGUGCUCUCUACAGUGCUGGAGUAUGUGAGCAGGUCUCCUCCUGUGCCUGUGAUUGUGUUUGAGGGCACCGGCCGGGCCGCAGACCUGUUGUCUCUCAUCCACAAACAGACAGCAGCAGACAGGGAGCUGGAUGUAAAUAUGAAGGAGGAUUUCCUGAAGCGCAUUGAGAAUGUAUUUGGUGUUGCAAAAAUGAAGGCAUAUCAGCUUUUCACUCUGCUUAAACAUUGCAUGGAGCACAGAGAUCUGAUCACGAUUUUUGACUCUGAUUCAGAGGACCAUUUGGAAGCAGAUGUGGCUAUUUUGACAGCUUCACUAAGAGGCACACCAGCAGAGAAACUGAGCAUGACACUGGCCUGGGACAGAGCUGACAUUGCUCAGCAACAUGUAUUGGUGUAUGGACAUCACUGGAAGGUGGGGGAUCUGGAGCACACCAUGCUGAACGCUUUGCUGAUGGACUGUGUCAGUUUUGUGAAGCUGCUUAUUGAGAACGGAGUGACCAUGAAGCACUUCCUGACAGUGUCUCGCCUGGAAGAGCUCUAUAACAUGCGGCAUCAAGGUUCCAUAGAUCACUUUUUACGCCAUAUUGUUGAGGAUGCCAAACAGUGUCGACUUCCUAGGAGAUAUAAGAUCUCUUUGAUCGAUAUCGGCAUGGUGAUCGAAUAUUUGAUAGGUGGAGCUUAUCGGAGCACAUACAGGAGCAAGAGCUUCAAAGCUGUAUAUAACAAUAUUCAUAGUAAAAUGAAGGAAGGCAGUGAGGACCAUUCAGUAUCCAGAAGAACUGGCACAGAGACAUCUGAGACAAAUAAACAGCCUCAAUUCUACAGAACUGCAAAUCCUUACAGACGCCAGAUGAAAUCAGAAUCAGUGCCUAGUACAGUGGAGGCAGUAGAGGCAGAGCUCGGCGGCUCGUCCCUGUUUGUCUACAGUUUCAAUGACCUGUUUGUGUGGGCAGUGCUAAAGCGGCGGCAGCAAUUGGCACUCUUCCUCUGGCAGCAUGGCGUGCAGGCCAUGGCCAGAGCUGUGGUGGCAUGUAGGCUGUACCAGGCCAUGGCUAGUGAAGCCAAGGAAAGCAACAUGGAUGACAGCAUUACUGACGAGCUCAGGAAAUAUUCUCUAGAGUUUGGCCAGCUUGCUGUGGAUCUACUGGAUAAGGCAUUCAAGGAGAAUGAGCGUAUGGCCAUGAAGCUGCUGACCUGGGAGAUGACAGAUUGGAGUAACUUCACUUGUCUGCAAAUGGCUGUGGCCUCUGGCCACAUUCCCUUUGUGACCCACUCAUGCACCCAGAUGCUUCUCACAGACCUGUGGAUGGGUCGCUUGAACAUGAGGAAGAACUCCUGGUUAAAGAUCAUUGUGAGUAUACUGAUUCCUGUGGGCAUCCACCUGCUAGAGUUUAAGAGCGAGGCCGAGAUGUCCCAUGUGCCUCAGAGUCAAGAAGCUCUUCAGUUUGGGAGGGACACUGGAGAUCCAGGAGGAGAAGAUGUAAUGCAAGCAAAUGAGAGUGAUGCUGAGAGAGGGAGGAGCCAUGUAAACCACAGGCCAAAUCUCAAUGCAUGGUGGUUACCAUGGUCCAGGAAGGUCUAUGACUUCUACAAUGCACCAGUGGUCAAAUUCUGGGUCCACACAAUGUCCUACCUGAUGUUCCUUGCACUUUUCUCCUACACGGUAUUGGUGCGGAUGGAGCCGAGACCCAGCGUCCCCGAAUGGCUGGUUUUUGCCUACAUCUCAUCCACAGCUGUAGACAAGAUCAGGGAGGUGUGGGUGUCUGAGCCUAGUCAACUCAGCAAAAAGCUGAAAAUGUGGUUCAGCGAAUACUGGAACAUGAACGAUUUUGUCGCCAUCAUUCUUUUUUUCACGGGCAUGGCCCUGCGCUGGUACAAGGGUCUAACACACAUCACAGGACGCAUCAUUUACUGCCUGGACAUCAUUUUAUGGUUUGUGCGUCUGUUAGACCUGUUGGCUGUUAACCAGAAAGCUGGACCCUACCUCACCAUGAUCUCCAAAAUGAUGAAGAACAUGUUCUACAUUGUGGUCAUCAUGGGCAUUGUACUGGUGAGUUUUGGUACACCACGGUGGGCCAUCCUAAAUCCCCACGAGGGACCAUCCUGGAACCUGCUGAAGCAAGUGCUCUUCCAGCCCUACUUCAUGAUGUUUGGGGAGGUCUACGCUGGAGAGAUUAAUCCCUGUGAAGAAAAUCCCAACUGUCCUCCUGGAUCAUUCCUCAACCCACUGCUUCAGGCUGUCUACCUCUUCAUGCAGUACAUAAUCAUGGUCAACCUCCUUAUUGCUUUCUACAACAAUGUUUACAUUGAGAUGAAGAACAUAUCCAACCAGCUUUGGAGGUACAACCGCUAUCGUUACAUCAUGACCUAUCAUAAAAAGCCGCUUCUGCCUCCGCCUCUGAUCUUUCUGAGUCACACGGCCUUGUGCAUCAAUGCAGUCUGGCAGAAACAUAGACGGACAUCUACACAUGACCAAGGCUCUGGCCUUAAGCUGUUCUUGGCUCCUGAUGAUCUGAAGAAGCUACUGGAAUUUGAGGAAAGAUGUGUGGCUGGCUAUUUUUGUGACAAACACGAGAGACAGCACUGUAGCGAGAUUAACCGGAUCCGCGUUGCUGCAAACAAGGCAGAGGAGAUGAUGGAUACAUUAUCUGAGGUAUCUGAGAAGGUCCAGUUCAUCCAGGAGAGCCUUCAGACGCUGGACGCUAAACUUGGCCAGCUGCAGGACCUGUCUGCUCUUGCUGUGGACACCCUUAACCUCCUUUCAGCAUCUGAAAACAGGCAGCAGGAAGCUGUCCAUCUUUGUCCCAGCCCCCGAAUCACAGUUACACCUUAUUCUUCCAUUGGGAACGUCACCCCAAGCCACACCCCUCUGUCUCCAAAGGCUUAUUGGAGCAAUCCACCAUCCCUACUGCGUAUCUCAGCCAAUAGCAAGUCAUACAGCACUUCAGAGCAUCCGCCAGGGAGUACAAGCAGCUUCUUUGACAGCAGGCUCAAGUGGGUGCUUGGAAAUUUGGAGGCAGAGCACAGCAGUUCAAGACAGAGACUUGGCGGAGACUCGUCCAUAGGAUUUCGUCUCUCACAUGGAUCUCUGACCAAUUUGUGGUCAGACCAGCAUGGGUCACCUGGACCUUCAUGCACCAGCUCUCUCACCACAGUCUGGGAUCAUGAGCCACAAAUUCCACCCAGCCAGGAGGAGUCCAUGGAGGAGGAAGAGGACAACGACGACGACAAUGACAACGACGACGACGACGAUGUGUUUAUUGACACCAGAGCCACGAGGAACAGUGUUCUGGGCAUUGUGAAUCCAGCUUUCUGUGGCGAUAGUGAUUUAGCUAUGCCCAAACAAGCUCACUGUGGCAGGAAGUUGCCAUUUGCAAUAGACAGCGAUCUGGGGCAUAGCCGCUCACUCUCUGUUAGUGUGGAGACAUUGGCCACGCCCACAAAUAGGCACAGUGUUUCAGGAGAACCCAUACCAUUGCAUCCAGGCCCGAAGAACAGAGAUCUUUACAGAAUCUUAGAAAGGAAGCGAUCAUUUGGCCGAAAGUGUGUCAAGAUCAAAGAAGGAGAAGCAACCGAUGUAAGAAGACUGGAAAGGGAUUUGACGCGGAGGAGCAGACGAAAAGGGAAGGGAUUGGCUGGACGCAAAUUACGAUCAUCUGUCAGUCUGUCUCAGCUCACUUUCGAUCAUGUGGAUUUCUUGCAGAAAUCACUCAGUUUGGCUCAGAAUACAAGAAGCCCCAGCCAAUCAGUUUGGAACAGUUGGGUGCACUCAGCCAGCCGUCGUUCCUCGGUGCAGAGCUGGGCAGCAGUCGAAUCUCGAGCUUCAUUGUUUAAGUCAACUGAAGAUUUGGACCCACAUUACUCAGCUAUGGAGAGAAACAACCUGAUGAGAUUAGCACACACGAUCCCUUUCACACCGGUGUCCCUGCUGGGAGGAGAGGAGGUGUACAUCUACACUCUGGAGGAGUCAGAUCCAGACUCCAUACUCUCCAGCACCUCCUCGUGGUGUCAGAGGGGUCAUGCGGCCGUACUGCAGCCCGUGUCGGAGCAGGGAGUGCUGGAUGGUGGGCUGCGCCGUGCUCAGUGGGUACUGUGCACCUGGGCCGAGGAAGAUGUGCUAAAACCCGGCUGUGUGUACGUGGUUAAGUCUUUCCACGAGCAGGUUGUGCACACGUGGCAGACACGGUUACCCCACAGCACCACCCUAGAGCUCUGCUUACGGGAAAUCCAGCAGCAGAGGGCAGCCCAAAAGCUCAUGCAGGUCUUCAAUCAAGUCAAGCCCAGCUCUGAUGCUCAGUCCCUCAGAUUUCUGGAUCUGUCCCUGGUGUCCUGGCAGGCUAAAAACCAGUGGCUAACCAUAGAGAGGAGCAUGAAUGGUGACUUCAAGAAGUACAACAACAAUACAGGAGAAGAAAUCACGCCCUCUUGUGGCCUCGAAGAGAUGGUGCUGGCUUUCUCACACUGGACUUACGAGUAUACAGAGAGAGAGCUGCUGGUACUGGACUUGCAAGGUGUGGGAGCGGAGCUGACAGAACCAUCUGUGAUCAGAGCGAUUGAUAACAGCUCAUCCAGUGAUUUGGCGUUCGGCACAAUCAAUUUGGAUGAGGAUGCAGUCCGGAGUUUUGUCCACAAUCAUACCUGCAACUCGUGCUGCAGGAAGCUUGGCCUUACAGAUUUGUGGAAGAACAGCAAUCUUCACAAUCCAGCCUCCGAAGACUGUGUCAGCACAGUUUGACCUUUACCCCAGAUGUGUUUAUAUAUUUUUUUCCUCACCUGGUGUGUUCAUUCUGGCCCUUUAACACAUCCCAAAACACAAACUGUGUCUUCUGCCACAACUUCAUUACUCGAGGAUGUUAUUAAUAUCUGGAUUUUCUUAAAGAUAAAACUGUUCUAAUAUGAGUCCCUCCAGUAUAUUACCAGAAUUUCAAGCAAACUCCAUGGUAUUCGCAGGAGCCUGCAAUGUUUCAAAAUGGCUGCAGAUUUUCUGCAGGUUUGGACUUGACAUCAGAGCACACGUUUAGUCAAAGAUUUCUUCGAUUUCUGUGUAUGAACAUAAUUACAGCUAUCAUAGAACAUAAUUCCAUAUGUCUUUACUUAGAAGAAGAAUCCCAUGUUUGCAAUUUCACCAAAUCAAAAGACACACAAAAUGACAGAAAUAUCAAGCAAUCCUUGAAGGACUACAGUUUAUUAUUAGUAUAUUAGAUCAGCAUUUCUAACCCUGAUUUUUGUAUGUAUUUCCACACUGCCACAUAAUCGGUUUAUUGGAUAGCUAUACACCUGAGCAGCAGUGUAGGUGUUCCUAAAGUGUUAUUAAAGUGGUGUUAUUAAAGUGACCUGUAAAUGUGUAAGUCCUCUCAACUAUUAUGCUACAUUUAUUUCAGAACACACAUGAUAUAUUAGGUACAUGAUAAAUUCUUUGUGGAUGACUCUGUAAAGACGGCGCACUGUGUGGAAUAAAAAAGUACUAAUAAAAAAAAAAAAAGA